UCUUCCUCGCCAGCUGUCCUCAUGGCCUUUGCGCCCAUGGGGCCGGAGGCCUCGUUCUUCGCGGUUGUGGACCAGCACAGGGCUUCCCUGCUGGCCGCCCUGAGGAGCGGCGGCGGGGAGCCGGCGGGCGGGGGGGUGCGCCCGGCCUCCAGUUCUGAGGUUCUUGCAUCUAUAGAAAAUAUUAUCCAAGACAUAAUCACAAGCUUGGCGAGAAAUGAAGCGCCUGCCUUCACAAUAGACAACAGAUCAAGCUGGGAAAAUAUAAAGUUUGAAGAUUCUGUGGGUCUUCAGAUGGUAUCUCAUUGUACCACAAGAAAAAUCAGAAGUGAUUCACCAAAAUCAGUUAAAAAUUUUGCACUAAUUCUUAAAAUAUUGUCCAUGAUUUACAAAUUAGUACAGAGCAACACUUAUGCAACCAAGAGAGACAUAUAUUACACUGACAGCCAACUCUUUGGUAACCAGACUGUUGUGGACAAUAUUAUCAACGAUGUUUCCUGUAUGUUAAAAGUGCCGAGGAGGAGUCUACAUAUAUUAUCUACAUCAAAAGGUUUAAUUGCUGGCAAUUUAAGGUAUAUCGAGGAAGAUGGCACCAAAGUGCAUUGUACCUGUGCAACAGCUGUUGCUGUACCAUCUAAUAUCCAAGGAAUUUGGAAUUUAAUUACAGAUGCGAAAUUUCUAUUAAUUGUAGAAAAAGAUGCGACAUUUCAGCGACUCCUAGAUGACAACUUUUGCAGCAAAAUGUCUCCAUGCAUCAUGGUUACGGGAAAAGGAGUACCUGAUCUGAACACAAGACUCUUAGUCAAGAAGCUGUGGGAUGCACUUCACGUUCCUAUUUUCAGUCUUGUAGAUGCUGAUCCACAUGGCAUAGAAAUAAUGUGCAUCUAUAAGUAUGGAUCUAUGUCGAUGUCUUUUGAAGCCCAUAAUCUCACAGUUCCAGCUAUCAGAUGGCUUGGUCUCCUCCCUUCUGACAUUAAAAGAUUAAAUAUACCUAAAGAUACUUUAAUUCCACUGACAAAACGGGACCAAAUGAAACUUGACAGUAUCCUGAAAAGACCUUAUGUUACUUGCCAACCAUUUUGGAGAAAAGAAAUGGAAAUAAUGGCAGACUCUAAAAUGAAGGCAGAAAUUCAAGCUUUGACCUUCCUAUCAUCAGAUUAUCUUUCCAGAGUGUACUUACCUAACAAAUUAAAAUUUGGAGGAUGGAUAUAAAACUUUAUCAGACCAUAUCUUGUGGUUGCGAAGGGUUUUCCAUUGGUUUUGUUUACAGAGGUAGAUGCUGUGUUGCAAAGAACAUAUAUUCUUAAUUCUGUAGAGAUAAAGUAAAAUAAUUAUCCAUGACUUAUGUUCUCUGUCAAAACAAAUGCUGUACUCUGAUUGUCUUGAGAAGGCUUUAUUUUAUCCUUCUCUGUAGAGGCUGAUUUCUGUCCUGUGUUCUAAAGUAAAUUAUAGAGGAAUAUAUGUUAUUUUGAUUUUUAAAUUUUAUUUGAAAACAUAUUUUAUACAUGUCAUCAAAGUCUACAGAAAAUUUUUAUUUACUUUCUAUAAUACAACUAAUGAUAAAGCAUGAAGUAUCUUAUUAGGAACAAAAAUAAUGAUAACCUAAAUGUGAGAGGUUGCAAAUGAAUUAUAGUGCUCAGCGGUUUCGUCUUGGUUACAUUUUCCUUUCCCUUCAUAGUGUUGGGGUCAGACUCCGUUCAUUCACUUGUGAUAUUACUGAAGUUUAUUAUGAAUAAAUAUUUGGGUUGAUG